CUGAAAGCUAAAUGUAUUUAAGGGGAAAAUAAAUAAAAAUUAUAUCGAUUAAAACCGACGUUCAACUUUAUUCAUUUUCUACUGAUUCAGGUUGAAAAAUGGGAACAAUUAAUCAUUUUUCAAUCACAACAUAUGUAAUAGUUUUAUUGACUAUCAUGAUAGCAAUAAAAUCUUCAAAUGAACGAAAAUUGGGAAAGGAUUGUGAAAAAUUUGAUCAUUGUAAAAGUAUACUAAACGCGAAAUGCUCAGAAAAUAACACGUGUGUCUGUAAGAAUAAUGCUGUUGAGUGGAAUGAAACAGUAUGUUUAGAAAAUAAUAUCAUAUUCAAUAAGAGCUAUGAGUUUAUAACUCACUAUACCUGCAACAGCACAAAUUGUUCUUUGAAGACGGAUUAUACUUCACAAACGGGAAAACAAAGAGUAUCAAAAUUAAUGUACGGUGAAAUAUGUACAAAUAAUAAUGUAUGUAAAAAAUAUGGUUUAAAAUCCAUAGAUUGUGUUGAUGGUGAAUGCAAAUGUAAUAACAACAAACAAUUUGUUAAAUUGAAAUUAGGAUGCGAGAAUAGUGAAAAAGGUUUGGGUAAAAAGUGUUCGCCAGUACAAACAUGCAAAGCCAAGGAUUCGAAAUGUAACGACUUUAAUGUAUGUAGAUGUAAAAAAUAUCGUUACUAUGGGACAAGAGAUAAAUGCGAGAAAGAUCCAAGUUUUAAGUGUUCUAUCAAGUCAUAUUUUGAUGCAAUAAGUAAAACCUGCUUACCCUAUACGACAAAAAUAAAUGGGAAUUGUACGGAAGAAGAAUCCUGUGGAAAUCUUAGGCAUACAGAAUGUAAAAACAAUCAAUGCCAAUGUACAGACAAAUAUUUUGAGAAAAAUUCAAAAUGUGUACCUGGAAUCGACGCAGCUUGUUCUGAAGGAGAGAUUUGUCAAGUUAAAUUUUCAGUUUGUACAAGUAAAAAGAUUUGUCGAUGUCAAGAUAAUUACACCGCUGUGGGUGUCGACCGCUGCCUAGAAAAAUCCACCUAUGGAAACAAGUGUAAUCACCAAAACCAGUGUACUUGGGGACGUACAAAAAAUAUUACGCUUGAAGAUAAGUAUGUUGAUCUAGAAUGCAUAAAAAAUCAAUGUCAAUGUCCAGAAAAAACAACCUUUGAUUCAAGUUUAAUAUUAUGCGAAAAAAAUCUUGGUCAAAUUGGUGAGAACUGCAAAACUGAUGAAAAUUGUGAUAUGCGAAAUGAUUUAAUUUGUCAGAUAGAUAAAUGUAUGUGCAAAAGUAGUUCAUUUUCAAAAGACGGGGUUUGUGUUUUGAAAAUUGGCGAAAAAUGUAGUGCUACGAAAAAAUGUCGGAUUGAAAAUUCUCAAUGCACAAAUACAAGAUGCGAGUGUAAAAAAAAUUUCUAUUCAACAACAAUUAAGACGAUGUGUCUAAAUAAAGCUGAACGUCCUGGAGAUUUCUGUGACAAUAAUUAUGGAUGCGAUAAUGUCAGAUAUACUGAAUGUGGGAAGGAUAGAACGUGCGUUUGUCGCGAAACAUAUUGGUUACAAAACGGAUCAUGCAGGGGACUUCCAGGCACCAAUUGUACGUCUCACUCAGAAUGCAUAGCAAAUUCAUCAUGUAAUAACGGAACCUGUCAAUGUGAUGGUCACUACGAAGGAACUACCAAAGAAUGUCAUAAAUUAGUAAAAAAUAUCGAUGAUUCAUGCACUGAUCACGAUGAUUGUAAAAAAAUUCCAUUUACCCAAUGUGUUGAUAAGAAAUGUCAGUGUCUACCGAACUUCGAGCGAAAAGGCAACGUUUGUAAAGGACUUCCAGGCGCCAAUUGUACGGCUGACUCAAACUGCUUAGAAAAUUCAUCAUAUAUCGAUGAUUCAUGCACUGAUCACGAUGAUUGUAAAAAAAUUCCAUUUACCCAAUGUGUUGAUGAGAAAUGUCAGUGUCUACCGAACUUCGAGCGAAAAGGCGACGUUUGUAAAGGACUUCCAGGCGCCAAUUGUACGGCUGACUCAAACUGCUUAGAAAAUUCAUCAUGUAAUAAGGGAACCUGUCGAUGUGAUGAUCACUACGAAGAAACUACCAAAGAAUGUCAUAAAUUAGUGAAAAAUAUCGAUGAUUCAUGCACUGAUCACGAUGAUUGUAAGAAAAUUCCAUUUACUCAAUGUGUUGAUGAGAAAUGUCAGUGUCUACCGAACUUCGAGCGAAAAGGCGACGUUUGUAAAGGACUUCCAGGCGCCAAUUGUACGGCUGACUCAAACUGCUUAGAAAAUUCAUCAUAUAUCGAUGAUUCAUGCACUGAUCACGAUGAUUGUAAAAAAAUUCCAUUUACCCAAUGUGUUGAUGAGAAAUGUCAGUGUCUACCGAACUUCGAGCAAAAAGGCGACGUUUGUAAAGGACUUCCAGGCGCACAUUGUACGGCUGACUCAAACUGCUUAGAAAAUUCAUCAUGUAAUAAGGGAACCUGUCGAUGUGAUGAUCACUACGAAGAAACUACCAAAGAAUGUCAUAAAUUAGUAAAAAAUAUCGAUGAUUCAUGCACUGAUCACGAUGAUUGUAAGAAAAUUCCAUUUACUCAAUGUGUUGAUGAGAAAUGUCAGUGUCUACCGAACUUCGAGCGAAAAGGCGACGUUUGUAAAGGACUUCCAGGCGCCAAUUGUACGGCUGACUCAAACUGCUUAGAAAAUUCAUCAUGUAAUAAGGGAACCUGUCGAUGUGAUGAUCACUACGAAGAAACUACCAAAGAAUGUCAUAAAUUAGUGAAAAAUAUCGAUGAUUCAUGCACUGAUCACGAUGAUUGUAAAAAAAUUCCAUUUACCCAAUGUGUUGAUGAGAAAUGUCAGUGUCUACCGAACUUCGAGCGAAAAGGCGACGUUUGUAAAGGACUUCCAGGCGCCAAUUGUACGGCUGACUCAAACUGCUUAGAAAAUUCAUCAUGUAAUAAGGGAACCUGUCGAUGUGAUGAUCACUACGAAGAAACUACCAAAGAAUGUCAUAAAUUAGUGAAAAAUAUCGAUGAUUCAUGCACUGAUCACGAUGAUUGUAAGAAAAUUCCAUUUACUCAAUGUGUUGAUGAGAAAUGUCAGUGUCUACCGAACUUCGAGCGAAAAGGCGACGUUUGUAAAGGACUUCCAGGCGCCAAUUGUACGGCUGACUCAAACUGCUUAGAAAAUUCAUCAUGUAAUAAGGGAACCUGUCGAUGUGAUGAUCACUACGAAGAAACUACCAAAGAAUGUCAUAAAUUAGUGAAAAAUAUCGAUGAUUCAUGCACUGAUCACGAUGAUUGUAAGAAAAUUCCAUUUACUCAAUGUGUUGAUGAGAAAUGUCAGUGUCUACCGAACUUCGAGCGAAAAGGCGACGUUUGUAAAGGACUUCCAGGCGCCAAUUGUACGGCUGACUCAAACUGCUUAGAAAAUUCAUCAUGUAAUGAGGGAACCUGUCGAUGUGAUGAUCACUACGAAGAAACUACCAAAGAAUGUCAUAAAUUAGUGAAAAAUAUCGAUGAUUCAUGCACUGAUCACGAUGAUUGUAAGAAAAUUCCAUUUACUCAAUGUGUUGAUGAGAAAUGUCAGUGUCUACCGAACUUCGAGCGAAAAGGCGACGUUUGUAAAGGACUUCCAGGCGCCAAUUGUACGGCUGACUCAAACUGCUUAGAAAAUUCAUCAUGUAAUAAGGGAACCUGUCGAUGUGAUGAUCACUACGAAGAAACUACCAAAGAAUGUCAUAAAUUAGUGAAAAAUAUCGAUGAUUCAUGCACUGAUCACGAUGAUUGUAAGAAAAUUCCAUUUACUCAAUGUGUUGAUGAGAAAUGUCAGUGUCUACCGAACUUCGAGCGAAAAGGCGACGUUUGUAAAGGACUUCCAGGCACCAAUUGUACGGCUGACUCAAACUGCUUAGAAAAUUCAUCAUGUAAUAAGGGAACCUGUCGAUGUGAUAAUCACUACGAAGAAACUACCAAAGAAUGUCAUAAAUUAGUGAAAAAUAUCGAUGAUUCAUGCACUGAUCACGAUGAUUGUAAGAAAAUUCCAUUUACUCAAUGUGUUGAUGAGAAAUGUCGGUGUCUACCGAACUUCGAGCGAAAAGGCGACGUUUGUAAAGGACUUCCAGGCACCAAUUGUACGGCUGACUCAAACUGCUUAGAAAAUUCAUCAUGUAAUAAGGGAACCUGUCGAUGUGAUGAUCACUACGAAGAAACUACCAAAGAAUGUCAUAAAUUAGUGAAAAAUAUCGAUGAUUCAUGCACUGAUCACGAUGAUUGUAAAAAAAUUCCAUUUACCCAAUGUGUUGAUGAGAAAUGUCAGUGUCUACCGAACUUCGAGCGAAAAGGCGACGUUUGUAAAGGACUUCCAGGCGCCAAUUGUACGGCUGACUCAAACUGCUUAGAAAAUUCAUCAUGUAAUAAGGGAACCUGUCGAUGUGAUGAUCACUACGAAGAAACUACCAAAGAAUGUCAUAAAUUAGUGAAAAAUAUCGAUGAUUCAUGCACUGAUCACGAUGAUUGUAAGAAAAUUCCAUUUACUCAAUGUGUUGAUGAGAAAUGUCAGUGUCUACCGAACUUCGAGCGAAAAGGCGACGUUUGUAAAGGACUUCCAGGCGCCAAUUGUACGGCUGACUCAAACUGCUUAGAAAAUUCAUCAUGUAAUAAGGGAACCUGUCGAUGUGAUGAUCACUACGAAGAAACUACCAAAGAAUGUCAUAAAUUAGUGAAAAAUAUCGAUGAUUCAUGCACUGAUCACGAUGAUUGUAAAAAAAUUCCAUUUACUCAAUGUGUUGAUGAGAAAUGUCAGUGUCUACCGAACUUCGAGCGAAAAGGCGACGUUUGUAAAGGACUUCCAGGCGCCAAUUGUACGGCUGACCCAAACUGCUUAGAAAAUUCAUCAUAUAUCGAUGAUUCAUGCACUGAUCACGAUGAUUGUAAAAAAAUUCCAUUUACCCAAUGUGUUGAUGAGAAAUGUCAGUGUCUGCCGAACUUCGAGCGAAAAGGCGACGUUUGUAAAGGACUUCCAGGCGCCAAUUGUACGGCUGACUCAAACUGCUUAGAAAAUUCAUCAUGUAAUAAGGGAACCUGUCGAUGUGAUGAUCACUACGAAGAAACUACCAAAGAAUGUCAUAAAUUAGUGAAAAAUAUCGAUGAUUCAUGCACUGAUCACGAUGAUUGUAAGAAAAUUCCAUUUACUCAAUGUGUUGAUGAGAAAUGUCAGUGUCUACCGAACUUCGAGCGAAAAGGCGACGUUUGUAAAGGACUUCCAGGCGCCAAUUGUACGGCUGACUCAAACUGCUUAGAAAAUUCAUCAUGUAAUAAGGGAACCUGUCGAUGUGAUGAUCACUACGAAGAAACUACCAAAGAAUGUCAUAAAUUAGUGAAAAAUAUCGAUGAUUCAUGCACUGAUCACGAUGAUUGUAAAAAAAUUCCAUUUACCCAAUGUGUUGAUGAGAAAUGUCAGUGUCUACCGAACUUCGAGCGAAAAGGCGACGUUUGUAAAGGACUUCCAGGCACCAAUUGUACGGCUGACUCAAACUGCUUAGAAAAUUCAUCAUGUAAUAAGGGAACCUGUCGAUGUGAUGAUCACUACGAAGAAACUACCAAAGAAUGUCAUAAAUUAGUGAAAAAUAUCGAUGAUUCAUGCACUGAUCACGAUGAUUGUAAGAAAAUUCCAUUUACUCAAUGUGUUGAUGAGAAAUGUCAGUGUCUACCGAACUUCGAGCGAAAAGGCGACGUUUGUAAAGGACUUCCAGGCACCAAUUGUACGGCUGACUCAAACUGCUUAGAAAAUUCAUCAUGUAAUAAGGGAACCUGUCGAUGUGAUGAUCACUACGAAGAAACUACCAAAGAAUGUCAUAAAUUAGUGAAAAAUAUCGAUGAUUCAUGCACUGAUCACGAUGAUUGUAAGAAAAUUCCAUUUACUCAAUGUGUUGAUGAGAAAUGUCAGUGUCUACCGAACUUCGAGCGAAAAGGCGACGUUUGUAAAGGACUUCCAGGCGCCAAUUGUACGGCUGACUCAAACUGCUUAGAAAAUUCAUCAUGUAAUAAGGGAACCUGUCGAUGUGAUGAUCACUACGAAGAAACUACCAAAGAAUGUCAUAAAUUAGUGAAAAAUAUCGAUGAUUCAUGCACUGAUCACGAUGAUUGUAAAAAAAUUCCAUUUACCCAAUGUGUUGAUGAGAAAUGUCAGUGUCUACCGAACUUCGAGCGAAAAGGCGACGUUUGUAAAGGACUUCCAGGCACCAAUUGUACGGCUGACUCAAACUGCUUAGAAAAUUCAUCAUGUAAUAAGGGAACCUGUCGAUGUGAUGAUCACUACGAAGAAACUACCAAAGAAUGUCAUAAAUUAGUGAAAAAUAUCGAUGAUUCAUGCACUGAUCACGAUGAUUGUAAGAAAAUUCCAUUUACUCAAUGUGUUGAUGAGAAAUGUCAGUGUCUGCCGAACUUCGAGCGAAAAGGCGACGUUUGUAAAGGACUUCCAGGCGCCAAUUGUACGGCUGACUCAAACUGCUUAGAAAAUUCAUCAUGUAAUAAGGGAACCUGUCGAUGUGAUGAUCACUACGAAGAAACUACCAAAGAAUGUCAUAAAUUAGUGAAAAAUAUCGAUGAUUCAUGCACUGAUCACGAUGAUUGUAAGAAAAUUCCAUUUACUCAAUGUGUUGAUGAGAAAUGUCAGUGUCUACCGAACUUUGAGCGAAAAGGCGACGUUUGUAAAGGACUUCCAGGCACCAAUUGUACGGCUGACUCAAACUGCUUAGAAAAUUCAUCAUGUAAUAAGGGAACCUGUCGAUGUGAUGAUCACUACGAAGAAACUACCAAAGAAUGUCAUAAAUUAGUGAAAAAUAUCGAUGAUUCAUGCACUGAUCACGAUGAUUGUAAGAAAAUUCCAUUUACUCAAUGUGUUGAUGAGAAAUGUCAGUGUCUACCGAACUUCGAGCGAAAAGGCGACGUUUGUAAAGGACUUCCAGGCGCCAAUUGUACGGCUGACUCAAACUGCUUAGAAAAUUCAUCAUGUAAUAAGGGAACCUGUCGAUGUGAUGAUCACUACGAAGAAACUACCAAAGAAUGUCAUAAAUUAGUGAAAAAUAUCGAUGAUUCAUGCACUGAUCACGAUGAUUGUAAAAAAAUUCCAUUUACCCAAUGUGUUGAUGAGAAAUGUCAGUGUCUACCGAACUUCGAGCGAAAAGGCGACGUUUGUAAAGGACUUCCAGGCACCAAUUGUACGGCUGACUCAAACUGCUUAGAAAAUUCAUCAUGUAAUAAGGGAACCUGUCGAUGUGAUGAUCACUACGAAGAAACUACCAAAGAAUGUCAUAAAUUAGUGAAAAAUAUCGAUGAUUCAUGCACUGAUCACGAUGAUUGUAAGAAAAUUCCAUUUACUCAAUGUGUUGAUGAGAAAUGUCAGUGUCUACCGAACUUCAAGCGAAAAGGCGACGUUUGUAAAGGACUUCCAGGCGCCAAUUGUACGGCUGACUCAAACUGCUUAGAAAAUUCAUCAUGUAAUAAGGGAACCUGUCGAUGUGAUGAUCACUACGAAGAAACUACCAAAGAAUGUCAUAAAUUAGUGAAAACUUCUUGA